AUGCUGCGCGAAGUCAAAGCCAAGAACCCCCGCACUGCGCGAAUCCUCAAGGCGCGAGAGCCGCAACUCAUCGAGGCCCCGAAGAAGACACUAUUGAUGCACGGCGCAAAAUGCCCUCAGUCCCUCGAUACCGUGUUGAAGACUUUCCACUCUCUGACCAAGCCCAACUCAAUCCUGUUCCACAAGAAAAAUGAAAAGAUUCACCCCUUCGAGAACGUCGAGAGCCUCGAGUUCUUGGCUAACAAAAACGAGUGCGGACUAGUCGUAUUCGGAAGCAGCAACAAAAAACGCCCCAACUGCUUGAGUCUGGCCCGGAUUUUCAACUCACAACUCCUGGAUAUGUGCGAGCUGCUCCUGCUGCCCCCAGCCGACGGCGAGGCUAUCCCUCCCAUCAACGAACUUGUCAUGCACGUUGGUUCAGGCCUGCGGCCCAUGAUGCUGUUCGCUGGUAGCCCAUGGGAUGACCCAACCUCCACAUCGCACGUUAUGCUUAAGAGCUUCUUCCUGGAUAUGUUCAAGGGUGAGGAGACAGACCGCAUCGAUGUCGAAGGCCUGCAGUACGUUCUCCUAGUUGGAGCUGAGGAGCCCCGCGAGGAUUUGUCACCGGUCGUGCACCUGCGCUGGUACAAGGUUAUCACCAAGCGCAGUGGUCACAAACUCCCCCGUGUCGAGCUUGAGGAGAUUGGUCCCAAAUUCGACUUUAAGGUUGGCCGUAUGCGCCCCGCAUCUGGUGAUGCCAUGAAGCAGGCUAUGAAGCAAGGCAAGCGACCAAAUGUGGACAUGAAGACCAAAAAGAACAUCAGUGUGGACACUAUGGGUGACAAGAUCGGUCGUGUGCACUUGGGCAAGCAGGAUCUGAAUGAGCUCCAGACCCGUAAGAUGAAGGGAUUGAAGCGGCGGGCUGGCAUUGAGUCUGAUGACGACGAGGAUGAGGAAGACUUUGAAAUGGUUGAUGUGGAUGAAAUUAUGGAGGACAGUGAAGAGGAGGAGAGUCAUAAGCGUGCUCGGAAGGAAUAG